AAGAAGAAAGAGAAAAACAGAAAACAUACUGUAUGUUUACAUAUAUACCUCCGUGUUUCAAAAGGAUAUGCAUUUUCAGCGCUCUAUAUUUCCAUUUCCUCAAUGUCAUUGAAUACACAGCAACAAAGACAAUGAGUAAGGAAGAUUUCAUUCAAGAUAAAAGAUCUUCUGCUCACAGGAACAGAUCGUGUCUAUAAACUGUCAGUUCAGAAUAAUGGCCAGCAAUGAAGGUGAUGCUAAUGUCCAUUUGAAACAGGAACAAUUUCUUAUCAAAGUGAAUCUCUGAAGUGUUUGACCAACGGAAGCAAGAAUUUUUUUUUUUUUGACUUGUGAUCUAGAUUGUGGGUGGGCGUAUGGCCAGGAAGUUCAUAAUUCGUGUGCAGAUGUGUCACACACACUGAGCGCAGCGACAUGUUUUUAAAAUGGACUACAAACUGUCUUUUAUUUUUGAUUUUAAUUUAUCUUCCACACACAGGCGGAGAGAAUGUUUCCACAGUAAUCAAAGGAGAAACUGUGGAUCUGCUCUGCCACUUGCCCAGUAACGACACUGGACAAUUGAAUGUAGUGUGGACAAAAAAUAGUACAAAUAGUGCCACUACUUGUGAAUUGGAUGAUUAAUAACGGUAGUAUAUCUUCCUUAAAUAACUGUGAUCCUCGUUUUACAUUAACCAGAGAGCCUUUAAGAGUACAAAUAAAAGAUGCUCAGCCCAGUGACUCUGGUUAUCACAGCUGUAAAACUACAAGAAUAAUUCCACCACCAUCAUUGGAUUACUCCACAAAUAUGACACUCCAAGUAGUUGUUCCACGUCUGUCAUUGCAGAAACUGAACAGCAGUAAUGACACCUGUGUCCAUCUGCUCUGCUCUAUUGAGAGUCUGCAGUCUAAGCAGGUGAACUUCACCUGGAGCCGGGGUCAAAGGUCACUUCAUCCAUUCACAUCUAAUGCCACGGAGAGCGAGCUGCGUCUGUGUAAACCUGACUGGAGUGAAGGAGACAUAAUCACCUGUUACGCCAGCUACUCAAGAACACAAACCAAUACAAGUAUACAACUCAAACCAGAGACAUCUGCUGACAAAGAUCAGCUCAUCCUGAUCAUCUCAUGCAGUGCUGCUGCAGGCCUCAUCCUCUGCAUCAUCCUCACAGUUGUUAUUUGCAAAUGCAGAAAUCGAGACGAAAAUGGAUCUAUGGUGUUCAGCAAUAAAGUCUAUGAGAACUUCAGUUUCGCCAUGUUCCGUCAGAACGCGCAGUCCAAUGACAAACCACAGCCAGAAGAGUGUAUUUAUGAGAACUAGCUGCUGCUGCUGCUUACAGUACAUACUGUAACCUUUGCUUUAAAGCCAGAUCGGCCCAGUUUUUAUGAAGGCAAAAGUGUGUUAAGUGGUUUUGCUAAGAUAUUUGAUGGUGCACUGCGAAUGUGAAGCAAACGGUCACUGCUUGUUUACAAUCAAUAUUUUUCAAGUGACUCUUUUCAUUGUGUUUGAGCACUGCAGGUGCACUGGACUAUUAUGUCUGUUAAAUUAAUUCAAUUAAAUUAUGAUAAUGAGCAGGGGCCACAUAUCUGUUUUCUCAGAUACAAAGGCAUUUUUUAAGUCUCUCUUAGCACUUUUUGUUGUAAUCUUUUUUUGGGUUGCAAUGAAAAAUGCAAAAAAUAAUUUUAGUUCACAUAGCUUGAGCAAAGUUAUCUUCUAUGGUUUAUUUAGUGAAGAUUUAUAUAUUUAGAAACUUUGGUCCUUUUAGCACAGGGUGCCUGACAGAUCUGAAAUUAAACUUCUCUAAUUUGUCUCAGUGUGAAUUUUAGAUUGUACUCUUAUUUAUUUUAUUCAAUGUUUGUAAAGUACAGUAUGUAUGAGUCAGUCAUUUGUUAGAAUGUUUCUAUUAAUUUCCUCUUUGUAACAUGUAUAAUCAUUAUAUAAAAAGGGGUCCAGAUGGGAUCCAGAUGACGUGUUACGUGUUACUGUUGACUGUUCAUAACCAAUGCUUUACUUAAGGAGGUAAUCAGCACCUCAACCCAUAUCACAGCAUGAGACAAUGUGAGAUGCAAAACGCACCAUGUUUUCCAUUAAGAGAGAGAUGAGUGUCUCAUUUUUAUGAAGACAUUUAUAAAAUAUUAUAGAUAAAUAUGAAUAUGUCGUAAUAAAACAGCAGCAAGGAACCAAAACUCCAUCGGUGACAGAAAUGGAGAAAAAAAAAAACCUU